CAUUCCAAGAAGAAGAAAAAGAAGAAGAAGAAGUUCGUUCCAUAUCAGAAGUUAUAGAAAUGGCGACAGCUUCGAUGAUCAAGUCAUCUCCAGUGCUGGACAAAUCCGAGUGGGUGAAGGGUCAGAGCCUUCGCCAGCCAUCUGCAACUGUGGUUCGAUGCCACCCCAUCACCUCAUCUGCACUCACCAUCCGUGCUGGUUCAUACGCUGAUGAGCUUGUCAAGACAGCCAAAACAGUAGCAUCUCCAGGGCGUGGAAUAUUGGCCAUGGAUGAAUCAAACGCAACCUGUGGGAAGAGAUUGGCGUCAAUCGGGUUGGAGAACACAGAAGCCAAUCGCCAGGCUUACAGGACACUGCUUGUGAGUGUUCCAGGGUUGGGUAACUACAUCUCCGGAGCUAUCCUUUUCGAGGAGACACUCUACCAGUCCACAAUUGAUGGGAAGAAGAUGGUUGAUGUGCUUGUUGAGCAGAACAUUGUACCAGGUAUCAAGGUUGAUAAGGGUCUCGUCCCCUUGGCUGGUUCCAACGACGAGUCAUGGUGCCAAGGUCUUGAUGGCCUCGCCUCCCGCACUGCUGCUUACUACCAGCAAGGAGCUCGUUUCGCCAAAUGGCGUACCGUUGUGAGCAUUCCAAAUGGCCCUUCUGCACUAGCAGUCAAGGAAGCAGCCUGGGGUCUAGCUCGCUAUGCUGCCAUUUCUCAAGACAAUGGAUUGGUCCCGAUUGUGGAGCCAGAGAUCUUGCUGGAUGGUGACCAUGGGAUUGACAGGACCUUCGAAGUAGCCCAGAAAGUGUGGGCUGAAGUGUUCUUCUACCUUGCAGAGAACAAUGUCAUGUUUGAAGGUAUCCUCCUCAAACCCAGCAUGGUCACUCCUGGAGCUGAGUGCAAGGAGAGGGCCACACCUGAACAGGUCUCCGAGUACACCCUCAAACUCCUCCAGCGAAGAAUCCCCCCAGCAGUUCCAGGAAUCAUGUUCUUGUCUGGUGGACAAUCCGAAGUUGAAGCAACCUUGAACCUGAACGCCAUGAACCAAGGUCCUAACCCAUGGCACGUUUCCUUCUCAUACGCCAGAGCCCUUCAGAACACUUGCCUCAAGACAUGGGGAGGAAGACCAGAGAACGUGAAGGCAGCCCAGGAAGCUCUCCUUGUCCGUGCCAAGGCCAACUCUCUUGCUCAGCUCGGGAAAUACACUGGUGAGGGUGAAUCUGAGGAGUCCAAGAAAGGAAUGUUUGUCAAGGGAUACGUCUACUAAAGCUGUUAUAGAAUUGUAGCAGAUCUAUAGAUGAUGAAACUCUUUCUCUCUGUUUCUCUUUCUCUCUCUCUCUCUCCCUCACCUGUAAUGCUCAUGGCCAUGGCGACUUCUUUUUUGUUUACUAUUUGUAAUUUUAUUUAGUGACUUAAUAAAUUUAUGGUGAUGAGAUUAGGUAGCUUGCACA